AAGAAGAAUGAGCGGGUCGUGUCGACCGAGCAAUCUCUGGGUUAGAUUACCGCACAUAGAGACCAGACACACAGAUAAGCCCGACCGCCAGGAAGCGUACAGUGUUGGAGCAUGCUGAGAAUGGCUGGGUGGAGGAGAGUCUUUGUCUAUGGUACUCUUAAAAAAGGGGAACCCAACCACCACUGGUUGACAAGCGAGGAGAAUGGUCAGGCCAGGUUUCUCGGAAAGGGUACCACGGCGGUGAAGUUUCCUCUUGUGGUGGGCACUCGCUACAACAUUCCAUUUUUGCUGGCCCGACCAGGUGAGGGGACUCACAUAGACGGCGAGAUCUACGAAGUGGACGAUUCCAUGUUCGGAAAACUCGACCAGCUGGAGGACUACCCAGAUUACUAUGAUCGCGAAGAACAGCAGAUUCAAACAGAGCAGAAUGAGUAUGUCUUUCCCGAUAGAUGAUGUAAUUGCUUCUAUAGGUCAUCCUGUACUUCCAGGAGCAUCCAGUGCUGGUUGUACCUAAUCAGGAAUUUUCCGGAGAAACUGUUGUCCAAAAAAAUGCUCAGUUCGUACCACAACACACCCGAGCAGCCGUACAAUGAGAACUAUUUGGAGAGCACGCCGGAGGACAUCUGGUCGGAUGAGUGAGAGGAUAACAAGGCCUCGUUUUAAAAAAAGUGAUUUUUAUAAACGGAGUUCAACGCAUGGCUAUUAUUCGUAUUCUAUUACAUUGAUUCCAUACUUUUAAAAAAUGCAAAACGAAAUGAA